GCGGGACGUCGGCCCGGAGGGACGGCGUCGAUGACGGGGACCGCCGCCGCUGCGCCGAUCGCGAAAUGUUGCUCUCUCGUCGACUUCCAUCAUGUCGGCGCACGCUCGUACACGCAGCGCGUCAUGCGUCGACGAAGGGGACGCCGCCACCUAGCGCUGCUGCCCAAUCCACAAUUGACACGCAAUCCUCACCAGCUUCGCAAGCCUCGGCAUCCCCGCGAAAACCGCUGACGGCCCCGCCGCCGAUAGUCAAGCGCCCCACUCCAUCAGACCAGCCGCUUCCCGGCCUACGACGCGCGCUUGGCGUGCGGGAGCGCCCCACUGUAGAGAAGCAGAGCAGGAAGGAGCGGUUAGAGCAGAUCAUGCUCAACCCCGAGGGUGUGCAGAAGGAGAGGCAGCAUCUACUGCGACAGGCAGGGAAGAGCUACUACGAGGACAUGAUCAACACCCGGCACCACGGCGGUAAGACUUGGAUAGCACCGAAGCAGGCUAUCCGCGAGGAUAAAGCCCUCUUCUUUCCCAACAUCACCGGCAAGUCACUACUAGGCAACCAGCGGCAUACCACCACUCUCUGCUUUGGCCGCAUCACCGUCCUCUCCCUCCUCAGCACGCGUAUCUCUGAGAUCCACUCUGCGCGUCUCGUGCAGCCUACCCUCUCCGCCUACGCGCAGCACCCGCUCUUCCAGCAUGUACAAAUCAACCUGCAAGAGAACCUGCUCAAGAGCUUCCUCGUCUCUUUAUUCACGAACUCGAUCAAAAAGCAGGUGCCGAAGGCGGAGCACGACCACUACCUGGUGUCUAGCCAGAAUAUGGAGUAUCUGAGAGGCCCGAUUGGGAUGGACAAUGAGAAGGUCGGCUACGUCUAUCUCAUUGAUGAGAACCUCAAGAUUCGCUGGGCAGCGGGCGGCGAGCCCGAAGACUCUGAAAUUGAGGCCCUGAGGACGUGCACAGGCGUACUCUUGCGACGGUGGGAGAGGGAACCGAAGAGUGCGGAGUAUAGGGAUAAGGCGAAGGAGGUGGUGGAGGAGACGGUCGAGGAGAAGAGCGGCAGCGCAUAAUUCGCUGCGGCACCUAUCAUACCAUCAUGUAUGUCCACUACUCCCUCUUCCUUCUGCCCGAUGCUACCGAAUAGAUGAGGACUCUUUAAGUUUGGCUUGUGCGUCGGAGAACAGGGCGAAGUUGGUC